GAGCUCGUUAAAUAUAAAUUGACUAAAAUGAUCAUGUCAGAAGUCAGUUUAUCCAUUUAAGUGAAACUCUUAGCAAUUGUUUGAUUAGAUAAUUGACAUAACAUCAAUUAAAAUAAUGGAAGGUGGCGCGCCAUUUGACGAACAAUCUUUCAAUGAUUUCAAUAAUCAACCUUUACCUUCGCUAUCAUCGACUUUACUCAAUAAAAAUCAGGAUAAUCUGAACGUGCAUUCGAUACAAGUUAUGCUGGGGCUGCAACAACAACAACACGACAUGUUCGGGACAAUUGGAUCUCCGAUGGAUUACAAAGAGACGACGAGGAAGCUGGAAGGAUCUCCGAUACAUCAUCAGGACUUGAAUGGGCUGUAUACGCAGGGUAUCGAGGGCUCCAACGGCGGUAAAAGGAAAAACGAAGAAGUGGUUUUGUUGCAAUCACAGAAUUUGAGUUCGAGUGAAAUUGGUAGUACGCAAAGUACUGGUACUAAGAAGAACGAUAAGAAGAAGAAUGAGAGUGGAGUGAAGAAGAAAAAAACGAGAACAACCUUCACCGCAUUUCAGCUGGAAGAACUAGAAAGAGCGUUCGAGAGAGCACCAUACCCGGACGUGUUCGCGCGGGAAGAACUAGCCCUGAAAUUGAACCUCAGCGAAUCCCGCGUACAAGUUUGGUUUCAAAACAGACGAGCGAAAUGGCGCAAGCGCGAACCGCCCCGGAAAACCGGUUACAUCAGCUCGGCGUCGCCGAGCCCGAACAUCGCCACGAAUUUCAACAACACCAUACCAUUCACGCAAUCGAACACCUUAAACGCGUCGGCUCCGGCGGAUUCUUGGAGCUACCAGUCCUACGAAUUGAGCCCACAUUUGAAUCUUCUAAAUAGCACGUCGGGAUCUUAUUCUACGUACGGAUCGCCGGCUUCUUACUCGAGUUUCGGCUCCACGCAAAACAGCUACUCUUACAUGCUAAAUUCCCAUGAAAAUCAGUUAUUUAGCGCGCCCAUACGAUCCCACGAAUAUGCCACGGCUUCGGUUAAUAACCCGAGUCCGCCCCUGGGUAGGGAAUACUCGAUGCUGCAGACGCAUUCCCCCACUACCGACGAGAAUUCGAUUGGAGUUAAGAUCGAAUACGUCGAUCAUACCGCUGCUUUGAACCAAUCGCCGGAUUGGUACGAGAACGGAUCGCCGAAGAACGACACGACUUAUCACGAUGAUGGACGAUUGAAAGAACUCAAAUCGGAUAACGGUAAUCAAACGUACGUGGCGCUGCCUCCUUUUCGGAACUAGCAAAAAUUGUAAAUAGACAUUAUUUUUAGUUUAUAUUUGUUUUUUAUCUAGUGACAAAUGUGUUGGCGAGAGCAAUUUAGUCAAAAUUAUUUAUUUAUUGUGGGCGAUUUGAGAUGUGACGAAAUUUUUUCGUAAUCUUAGUUGAUUUUAUUAUGGAAAUGGUAGUAUUGGUAGUAAUAAAGCAUAAUUUGGAAAGGGUGCAAAUUUUCGUCUUAGAUUGAUAGAAGAAGAAUAAAAGUUGUGGGGGGAUGAGAAAAAUACGAUUUAUGUUCGAUAAUUUCUAACAUAACCUCAAAAUUUUUGAAAAUAAUUUGGUUUUUUUGGUAUUUAAUUUUUUUCUGGCCUAAAAGUACAUGGAUUUUUUUUUCAAAAUUGAUGACAAGGUAGAGAUUUAAGUCCUUAAUAGAACCUCAUUUUUUAUUUAGGAAAAUACCAAGUGGCUUGAAAAAUAUAGCGAUUUUUAGAAAAAAAGAUGUUGAGGGGAGAUGGUAUUACGUAAAUUACGGUGAAACGAGACAAUUUAUCAAAAAUUCUUGACAAUAAAAGUUGUAGGGAAUCGAAAAAUCUACAAUUUACAUUAAUUUAUUUUUUUACAUAACCUCAAAAUUUCCGAAAAAAAUGCUAAUCAUCGAGUUUUUUGGACUUUUUAUUUUUUUUCUGGUACAAUAAUGUAUAGAUUUUUGUCAAAAUUAGUGAAAAGGUAGAGUUUUUUGUCCUUAAUGGAAAGCUAUUUUUUAUUUUGGGAAAUACCGAGUAGUUUGAAAAAUAUAGCAAAUUUAAAAAAAAAAGAUGUUAUGGGGAAAUGGUAUUAACGUAAAUUACGGUGAAACGAGACAAUUUAUCAAGAAAUCUUCACAAUAAAAGUUGUACGGAAUUGAAAAAUCUACAAUUUACAUUAAUUUAUUUUUUUAUAUAACCUCCAAAUUUUAGAGAAAAAUGCAAAUAAUCGACUUUUUUGCACUUUUUAUUUUUUUUCUUGUACAAUAAUGUAUAUAUUUUUGUCAAAAUUGGGGAAAAUGUGGAGUUUUUUAUCCUUAACGGAACGCUAUUUUUUAUUUUUGAAAAUACCGAGUCGUUUGAAAAAUAUAGCAAAUUUAAAAAAAAAGAUGUUAUGGGGAAAUGGUAUUAACGUAAAUUACGGUGAAACGAGACAAUUUAUCAAGAAAUCUUCACAAUAAAAGUUGUAGGGAAUUGAAAAAUCUACAAUUUACAUUAAUUUAUUUUUUUAUAUAACCUCCAAAUUUUAGAGAAAAAUGCAAAUAAUCGACUUUUUUGCACUUUUUAUUUUUUUUUCUUGUACAAUAAUGUAUAUAUUUUUGUCAAAAUUGGGGAAAAUGUGGAGUUUUUUAUCCUUAACGGAACGCUAUUUUUUAUUUUUGAAAAUACCGAGUCGUUUGAAAAAUAUAGCAAAUUUAAAAAAAAAAAGAUGUUAUGGGGAAAUGGUAUUAACGUAAAUUACGGUGAAACGAGACAAUUUAUCAAGAAAUCUUCACAAUAAAAGUUGUAGGGAAUUGAAAAAUCUACAAUUUACAUUAAUUUAUUUUUUUAUAUAACCUCCAAAUUUUAGAGAAAAAUGCAAAUAAUCGACUUUUUUGCACUUUUUAUUUUUUUUCUUGUACAAUAAUGUAUAUAUUUUUGUCAAAAUUGGGGAAAAUGUGGAGUUUUUUAUCCUUAACGGAACGUUAUUUUUUAUUUUUGAAAAUACCGAGUCGUUUGAAAAAUAUAGCAAAUUUAAAAAAAAAAAGAUGUUAUGGGGAAAUGGUAUUAACGUAAAUUACGGUGAAACGAGACAAUUUAUCGAGAAAUCUUCACAAUAAAAGUUGUACGGAAUUGAAAAAUCUACAAUUUACAUUAAUUUAUUUUUUUAUAUAACCUCCAAAUUUUAGAGAAAAAUGCAAAUAAUCGACUUUUUUGCACUUUUUAUUUUUUUUCUUGUACAAUAAUGUAUAUAUUUUUGUCAAAAUUGGGGAAAAUGUGGAGUUUUUUAUCCUUAACGGAACGCUAUUUUUUAUUUUUGAAAAUACCGAGUCGUUUGAAAAAUAUAGCAAAUUUAAAAAAAAAAAGAUGUUAUGGGGAAAUGGUAUUAACGUAAAUUACGGUGAAACGAGACAAUUUAUCGAGAAAUCUUCACAAUAAAAGUUGUAGGGAAUUGAAAAAUCUACAAUUUACAUUAAUUUAUUUUUUUAUAUAACCUCCAAAUUUUAGAGAAAAAUGCAAAUAAUCGACUUUUUUGCACUUUUUAUUUUUUUUUCUGGUACAAUAAUGUAUAAAUUUUUGUAAAAAUUAGUGAAAAGGUAGAGUUUUUUGUCCUUAAUGGAACGCUAUUUUUUAUUUUUGAAAAUACCGAGUAGUUUGAAAAAUAUAGCAAAUUUAAUAAAAAAGAUGUUAUGGGGAAAUGGAUUCACGCCAUUUACGGUAAAACGAGACUUCCCAUCAAAAAAAUAUUUAUAAAGAAGUUAUAGAGAAUCAGAAAAUCUACAAUUUACAUGAAUUAUUUUUUUUACAUAACCUCAAAAUUUUCUUAAAAACGCAAGUAAUUGUUUUAUUUUUGUUUCUUUUAAUUUUUUUCUGGUACAAUAAUAAAUCGAUUUUUUCCAAAAUUAGUGGAUAAUGGGAUUUUUUGUUCUAAAUCGAACUUUUCGAGCAAAAAUGUUAUGGGGAAACAAAUUUGCGCGAUUUGCGGCUAAACGACAAUUCUUAUCAAAAAAAUGUUAACUAAAACUUGUAAACAAUCUACAACUUACUCCAAUUACACUUUUAGAUUACCCCAAAAUUUUCGAAAAAAAAAAUAUUGAAUGUUCUUCUCCUACAGUAAUUCUUGUAGACACCCAGUACAUCGUCUAGACACAAAUUAAAUAUUAUCAAUGUACUUAAUUGAACAAAAAACUUUCGAUAUUGACAAAAUUGCGAAACAAAAUAUUUUGAAUCGCCCACAAUUAAUACAUAACCUGAAAAAUAGCCAUAAUACGUUAUUUUUUUAUGUACAUAACCUCAAUUAUGUCAAAAUCAAGAUUUAUAUUUUUUUGUUAAUCCCAGUGCCAUAGAUAUACAUAAUUUUAAAUACAUUCGAUAUAAAAAAAUUAUUAUAAUACCGAAAUUGCCUUAGGAAUAGUGCCAUAUUUUUUUUACAAUUUUUGUAAUGUAAAAUGAAAAUAAAAUGUGAAAUAAAUAAAAUAUAAUCCUC